GACGUCAUAGAAAAGAACCAGCAUUUUAUUUCCUGCUGUAAAUCGCUGAUAUUGUAUUAAGGCAUGUGAUGUUCUGAAUAUUACCAUUUUAUUAAGCUUCUGUAUUGCCAGACACGGUAUUAGACACUGUAACCGGGCAACGGUCUUCAUAGAAUUUGUACAACUGACAUUUUGGAGCUAGCUCAACAAAACACGACUUGUGAAAAGUUUCGUGUUGACAGUGUCACUGAUUGUGUCGUUCGGUGUUAGUUACUCUAAACUGAUUCUCAGUCAACUUUCAUUGGCAUGGCUCACUAUACAGACAAACCGCCAGCGUACACGGCGGGACCGAAUCCACCACCGGGCGCCUAUGAUGGGUAUCAAGCUGGUGCCCCACCUACAUAUCCAGGAGGUGCUCCACCAGGUUAUCAUCCAGUUCAACAUCCACCAACAUCAUAUUCACAAACCACAGUGACAGUACAACCUGUGCCCCAGGCAACCAGGGUUGUAGUGGUGGGUGGAUGCCCUGCUUGCAGAGUAGGUGUCUUAGAAGAUGACUUCACAUGUUUGGGCGUCUGCUGCGCAAUAAUAUUUUUCCCAAUUGGUAUCCUCUGCUGUCUUGCAAUGCGACAAAGAAGAUGUCCUAACUGUGGUGCUGUGUUUGGUUAAUACAGCAGGAAGUAACGAUAACAAUUCUCAUUUCAAAAUGACUUUAUCUUGCAUCUCAUGAUAUUUGGAACCAAUUUUAAAUCUAAAUGAUGAAGAAUUGUAUUGUUUUCUCAAUACCUUGCUAACUAUUUUGAGUGCCUUUUUAAAGGACUAUCUUUAUACAGAUGCAACAUUUCUUCUAUAGGAUACGACAGAGGCUAUUACUUUUUUUUUUGAACAUGUUUGUAUUUGUUUUCAAAAAACGGCAUAAAAGAUGAAAAAAAAGUAGAUAUUGUAAUUUUCGGCAGCUUGAAUUCUGACAUUGUAAUUGCAGGAUGCGAAACGUUCGCAUGAUGCUCAGUCUUGUAGUCUGUUAGAAAAUCGUAGCCAUCUGUGUUCAAGUUUUGAGAAGGCAGUAUGUGUACACGAUCAUAGAUAUGUAUGCAUGUAUAUGAACUGACUACUGGGGUGGUGGUGAAGAACUGCAAACGAAAUUGCUUUCUAACUUUGCUAAGGAAUUUAUAAACAUGCUAUGACUUACCAGUUGUGUUAUAUUGUAGACAACCAUAGUUGUACCAUAGUGACCUUGCCUCAAAUCAACUAAGCUUGUUGACAAUUUCUAUACUUAAUUAAACAGAAAAUGGUUUGGCUAUGAUUUGGCUUAUAUUUUGGUAUUCAUCAGUAUUGUUAUUAUUCAGCCUAGUAUUUAAAUUGAAUUCAAUAAUAGGUGUCGGGUGAAAAUAAAUAUAUAUUUAUUAUGCAGUUAAUUUAUAGGAUCGAGUUAGUGUUCUGUAAUCUAACAAUAAUCUAUCAGUCAGUCUCAAUUUUAGCAAACAAUGUACCGGUUGGUAUUGAGUUUGGUAUGUAUGUGUGUAUGUGUAUGCAAAAUCUCAACAAAUUCAGAGCAGAUCUUGAUCUAAUUUAGUACAUAGAUACCUUUGGAUAAUGCACAGACAUGUUUAGUUUUGGGGCCAUUUCCAUGCAUAUUAAGUAGCCUAUUUACAUAUUUAAUUAUCUCAAUUCAGCCUGUGUGAGCAAAAACACCUUCCCAGAUUUUAAUCAAAUUUAUUAUGUAUCUACCUUGGGGUGAUACGCAGACAUGAUUAGUUUUGGGGCCUAGUUAAUUUGCAUAUUGUCUCAUUUCAGCAUGUGUAA